AUGGACGACUUUGUCAGCGAGACUGACAGCGAGUACACCAGCUAUUGGCGCGACUGGUUUAUAUCCUCCAGAGGAAACGAGUACUUCUGCGAGAUUGACGAGGACUACCUCACUGACCGCUUCAACCUCACCGGGCUCAACACCGAGGUCCAAUACUACCAGUAUGCGCUGGAUCUGGUUACCGACGUGUUCGAUCUCGACUGCGACGAUGAGAUGCGCGAGACCAUUGAGAAAUCGGCUCGGCAUCUGUAUGGCUUAGUGCAUGCGCGCUACAUUGUCACCACGCGCGGCCUGUCUAAGAUGCUGGACAAGUACAAGAAGUCCGACUUUGGCAAGUGUCCGCGCGUCAACUGCCACUCCCAUCCUCUCCUUCCCAUGGGUCUCUCGGACAUUCCCAACGUGCGGCCGGUGAAGCUGUACUGCGCCCGGUGCGAAGACAUUUACAACCCCAAGUCUACGCGCCACUCUGUGAUCGACGGGGCGUAUUUCGGCACAUCCUUCCACAACAUCCUCUUCCAGGUGUACCCGGCCCUGAUUCCGUCCAAGUCCGUGGAGCGCUAUGUGCCUCGCGUGUUCGGCUUCAAGGUUCACGCGUCGGCAGCCCUGGUCAGGUGGCAGAACGCAAAACGAGAUGAGAUGAGGCGGCGACUCCGGAGGAUGGAGAUCGACAGCGGGUUCAAGGACGUGGACGAUGACGACGUUGAGCUGGACGAAGAGGAUGAAGACAUAGACAUAGAUGAGCAUCACGUGACCGGGGAGAACGGCACCUUGACGGUCAUGGUUUAA